GACCAACCCAAACCCAUCUUUCCUUCUCUCUCUCCCCCUCAGCACGGCAAUGUAGGAAUACUCUCCCUCCCUUCCCCAAUCCUCUCUCUUUCUCCCUCCCUUCUUCUGUUCUUCCCUCUUUCUCUCUGUUACCUGUUUCUCUUUGUUCGUUUUUUUUUAAUGUUUUAUCUUUCUGGGCUGAUGGGUUCAGGUGGAAAAGCCUCGAGAAAGAUCUGAUGUGCUUGCUGGUGGAUCAUAACUGCCAUGGUUUCUCCAGAACAUAAAGAAGCAAUGCAAAAAAACCGUGAGGCAUCCAUAAGAUGCCUCCAGAAUAAAGCAUUCUCUUGCAACUUACAAGAGAAUGGGAACUCAGUGGAAGGAUUUCCUGAGCCCAAGGAUGAGACCAGUGUUCAUCCUAGAGGUGGUUCGGUGGAACCAGACAAUUCAUUAAGCAGUGAGUUCUUUGCACCUCCAAGUGAAGUUUAUCAUAGACCUAUGUACCAACAGGACUUUUAUAUGUGGUCAAACUUCCAUCCUGACUUCCAAAAGGCACAGCAGAACCAAUGGAAUGCCUUCGAGAACCAUUUCUACUCCAUGAAUCAUGAGUACCCAUUUCCUGUCGAUAAUAGAUAUCAAUAUGCACCCUUCAAGAUGUACUCUCAUGGUUAUCCGUAUGAGUUCCAAUUCCAAGAAUUUCAGUACUUUGUGGUCAUAGACUUUGAAGCCACUUGUGACAAGGAAAAGAAUCCCCAUCCUCAAGAGAUCAUUGAGUUCCCAUCUGUUCUAGUGAAUAGUGUGACUGGACAAUUAGAAGCUUCCUUUCAAACAUACGUGCGACCUACACUUCAUCAACACUUGAGCAAUUUCUGCAAGGAGCUUACUGGUAUCCAGCAAAUUCAGGUGGAUAGAGGUGUUCCUCUAAGUGAAGCUUUACUUAUGCAUGAUAAAUGGCUAGAAGAUAAGGGGAUUAAACACACCAACUUUGCUGUGGUGACAUGGUCAGACUGGGAUUGUCAGGUGAUGUUGGAAUCUGAGUGCCAUUUUAAGAGGAUCCGGAAGCCACCUUACUUCAACAGAUGGAUCAACUUAAAGGUUCCAUUUCGUGAGGUAUUUGGUGCGGUUCGAUGUAAUCUAAAGGAGGCUGUGCAACUGGCCGGCCUUGCAUGGGAGGGUCGUGCUCACUGUGGCCUUGACGAUGCCAGGAACACUGCCCGGCUUCUUGCCCACCUCAUGCGCUGGGGCUUCAGAUUCUCCAUAACCAAGUCUCUGAUGUGGCAGCCGCCUGACCGCCCAUUGACAUGGCAGCAGUCCCCUGACCGCCCCUUGGGUGCUAACCAUCAUCCACUCAAGCUGAAACAGCCGCUGGUGCCCCUUGUUCAGUACCACCCCUCACAUGUGGACCCUGGGAAGGAGCGACAAAUUUACUGUUUCUGUGGAGUAAAGAGCAGCAAACGCAUGGUCCGGAAGCCUGGGCCAAAGCAUGGGAGCUUCUUUUUUGGAUGUGGGAACUGGACUGCCACCAGGGGCCCCCUGUGCCGAUAUUUCGAAUGGGCCUCAUCUUGACCAAAGAAACAUGACUUAUUGUUGAACUUGUCCUAAAGUUUCACUCAGCAUCUCUGUAGGAGUGGAAGUUUAGGAAAAGGAGAAAAAAGAUGUUGGUAGUCACCUGUGAAAGCAAAUAAACCUUAGCUGCUUUUUGGGGUUGCUACUGCUUCUUUACAAAAAAUGCAUAUAGUAUAGUAGUUUCAGAACUGUCUCUCUACUCAAUGCCUCUAAGAAGUCUUGUAGGGAAUGGGAGUUCUAACAUGUAAAACUGACUUCUUAUUGACAUAAGAGGAAGAAGUGGGGAAAUGGGAGAUACUCCUUCCUAGGAGGAGUCUCUCUACAUGCUCAGACAUGCUUAAUUAUGUUAAAUAAUCUGUGAGAUAGGACAAUUUGUUCCUUUUUAGUGCUUUUCCCAUGGGAAUCAUCGAGUGUGUCACUGCUAUGCCAUCGUGUGUUGUCAAACUGUUGGUUCCUUGUUGGAUCAAAAUGGGAAUUCUAUAUAGUUUCCAUUGGAGAAUCUUCAAGGGAGAUGAUCUACCUAGCAGAUAUAGUUCUGUAAAACUGUUACUGUAUGACAUUCUGGAGGCUGUGAUCUAAGUAGACAAACAUUCAAAAAUCACUGGAUGAUUGUAAAGCA